AUCAACACUCGACUGUACAUAGAAAUGAGUUGUUUAUUGAGAUCAUUCUUGCAAAGGAUCAUGAUGAAAUCUGCUCUUGCUUUAUUGGUGAUAAUUGUGAUCGUGUUUGUCAAGGAUGCAUUCCCUCAGUUGGACAAACCAACCAUAUCAGGGUUCACAGCCAGGAUCACAGUGGGGACGAACUUCACCUGGACAUGCGUCGACCUUGGCCCUAUGCCUUGCCUAGACCAAGUUCAAUGGUUGAAGUCUGGGCAACCUAUUCCGCCGACAGCCGUCUCAGGGAUGUGUAAUGAAAUCUACUCCAAGGUCGCAGUAGCUGAAGACCAGGGUAUCUACCGGUGCCAAACGAACAGCAUGAGUGCUUCAACGCUAAGUGACCCAAUAUCAUUAACCGUAGUCGUUCCGCCAGGUAAACCAUCCAUAUCAGGGUUCAUAGCCAGUAUCAGAACGGGGACAACCUUCACCUGGACAUGCGCCGAGCCUGGCGCUACAAAUUUUGAAUGGUGGAAGACUGGGGACCUUUCUCAGCUGACAGGCACCACAGGGGCGUCUGGUGAAAUCUACUCCAAGAUCGCAGCAGCUGGAGACCAGGGUACCUACUAUUGCAAAGCAAGCAACUCGGCUGGUGUAGCGCAAAGUGACUCAAUAUCUUUAACCGUUACAGCUUCAUCUGGCGGCGACGAUCAAACUACGACUGACUCGUCGACACUGACUCCCACAUCUAGCAAUGCAGCUGGUGUAGGCCUAGCAGCCCUCCCACACGCGGCCAUCACCAUGGCCUGUUUGUUCCGUGCGUACUUCUAAGCCGCUAAGAAUAACAAAUGAAAUCAACUCCGCAAGAGAGGAUCCCUGACGACAUCACUUAAGUUACGUGAUUUUAUGCCAUCAUAGGCAGGUUUUGAAACCUCAACGAACGAAAAAGUACGAAAGUCAGUUGUGAUACCCAGUUCUGGGCAUUAUUCGUUUACGCGACUACAGUCGAAAAUCAAAUUCAAGUACUUUCAUAGACGUCAUUUUGAUACCCUUGUUGACAAUGAUUCGAUAACAUCAACUUUUUGGCUCCUACUUUUGGAUUUAGACCCUUUUAAGGGCCCCAUUUCUGAGGUAAUGUGUAAAUUUUCACGCGGAAAAAAUUCAUUUUUUCAAAUCAGCACUACCACAUUACCCCAAAACAUCUUUUUUCUCAUUGCCCGACUUACAAAUUCAACCAAGGCACAUUGUGCUCAGCCGGGUGACAAUGCGAUGAUUACGGACCUAGGGAGAAUUUCCGUAGCAGCAGCUAGCUCCUCUUCGAACGAGGCUGAGCCACAAGUCAUCCGCAUAGAACGGAUCAGCGUUUUCGUGGUGCAAGCAACUGGGUCUCGACCACUGAAUAUGGCUAUGCCAAAUAAGGCUGAGCACUAUUUGUCUGUGUGCGGCUAGCAUUACGACGCACGUUAACGUAUUUUAUCAACUAAGUCUUUUGAAGAGUUCUCUGCAUCUGAGUGCUACUGACACGUACUCGUCGUUUUCAAGAGUUAUGAAACUUGCCUAUUGUCCAAGAAGGAGUAAUCAUAAAAACAUUACGAACUUCAUGUUAAAACUCGUCACUCAUAUUUCUAUUCAAAAUGUACUUUAUUCUUUGAUGAACUGACCUACCUAGCUCCUUACUGUAUUCUCACUUCUAACCCGUUAAAAAAAAGUUCAAGUUAUAUUCUGUGAACAUACAUGUACUUGUACAAUGAUAAUGGUGCAAAUUGAAAGGGUGAACUUUUUUCCAUCUUGUAUUAAUUUCGCAUUAAGAUCUGAAUGCACAUACCAUUCAUUCGCUCUGAUACAAUUCUCUUUAGACAGACAAGUUAGUUACAACUCUAUGCUCGCAAUUCUGUCUUUUUGGCGGGGCUAUUUCUUCGCACCAAUCAUUUAGAUUCGUCAGCUUCACCUAAAAUCACGUAACCUUUUCAUCUAUCUGGGUAUUUGCCUCAAAUCGGAACAAAAAUAAAACAAACACGUAUAAAGCAUGUUGCGGACAGAAAGAGAAAGGCAAUCACUAGGGUUUGCCGAUCAGUGUUAGAUGUCACACAACCGUCAUAAGAAAUUGUAUAUAUAAAUACUUCAUUGAUGCCUUCAUCCGGAUAGUUACAAGUAAGAUAUCAAAACUUUGCAUGCCAAACAAAUUUAUCUUUUCCUGUCGUAACAUUCUCACUUUUGCAUGUUUCACUAACGUUCGAGCAUCUACCUUGAAGCAUUUCGUACUGUGUAAACGGUCUAAAAGGUACGCCACUGUAAGUGCGCGAGAAAUAUCAUCGGCAAACCACGUUUCGGAACGCAAAUAAUAUCUCCUUCAGUUUGUUUUGGUUUUCAAAUUACAUAUUCUAGUAAAAAUCAUUUUGGCAAUUGCAUUGGAUAAAUAUUAUCAUGGUGUUCACCAUGUACGCCAAUCGAUAAUGCUACACUUAAUGGAUUUGAACCCAAGAAUGAUUGUCAGAAAACACUCUAAAAACCGAUAAAGCGCCGAUACCCUUACUAAAAAUAAGGGGUAAGGCAUGUAGGGUGCGCAAUAAAUCUCGCCGUUUCUGCGCCACAAAAUAAAAAAAAUCUCACCAUAUUUGGGGAGAUGAUGCAGCAAGUGGCAAACGGGUAUAAAAUCCUGAGCCCUCCCCGAAAAUCGGCGAGAGGAAACUUUGGCCUGAUAGAAAACGGAACUCUGUUUCCAUAAGUUGGAAAUUCUUUUUUGAAGGUAAGCACUAAAUUUUGAUUUAAGCUAGCUCGGACUUUCCUUUUUCCGCAUCCGAUACCGUUCAUAAAUUUUAAGGUUCAAAUUUUAUCAUGUUCUCCUGGAAUCAUUGUGCUACACAAAUAUUGGAAGGGAUUUAAGAAGGUAGAUUCAUGUUCUCUUUUCAUGAAAUCUGUUUUACUUUGCAAGUUUCCAGGUUACUACUUUAUACUUAAAUACUACUUCAUCAGAAAAUAUUCUGCAGCGAAAAUCUCUAGCCUUUUGCAACGCUCAGACGAAUGGCUAUUUAGCAGACGUUAUCUAAUUCAUCCGCAGCAAUAGGUAGAAACAAGCUGUCAUGAUUAUUUGAUUUCAAAAUCACUUCAAAAUAGUGCUUGGUAUUUUUCCAUUCUCGAAUAUUUCCCACGCUUAGACUUUUUAUAAUAAACACAUCCUUUUAUAUCAUUUAAGAUCUUAUCAUUUGAUUUAUUUGAGGCAUCCAGUAGAAUGUCUCUGCUGUGUUUUUGGGUUCAGACCAGAGGUCAUUCCUGCGAUCGAUACAUCAAGUCGGAAAAAUACUCUAUUAUUUCCAGUUGACAGCCUUUGUGACUGGAGAUGGACAACAGGUAUAUAUCGACCGGUUCUUUUGUGGGGUCAUAAACGAUGAACACGUUUGGUGAUUAAACUCUUUGAAAUCCACGACUUGUGAAAAGUUUAUGAUUUGUGAAUGUGAACGCUGUGACUAUGCUAUCUAUUUUUAUAAGGUUCAGACAGUGGGUGAUACAGAAUACCUACUUGUAUAAUUUGCCGCGGCAGGUGGGCCUGGUCAUUUUACUAAGUCCAUUUUAUACAGUAAGAGUGAUGGUACAUAGAGAACAGUCUAUUAUAAUAACACGAAUCCCGGGAUGAUCAGGUAUGCAUAAUACACUCACCUAGGAACUAAGCAAGACUUAAUAACUUUAGAAAUAUGGCCUCUUAUGAAUAUCUGUGGUUUUUGUUAGGUCCUAGAUUUUUGGUUAUUCAUUUUAAGACAUUUUUACGAUGUUACUGUCGCUUCAAAUAAACAUGAGGUAAUCCUUUGGCACUGAACAUGAUGUGCGUGGUGACGUCCAAACUUUUAUACAAUUAAGAUGAUUGUGAUAACGCAGCAAAACGUUAUAAAAGGAAAAUCUCUUUACGACAAGUAUCCACACCUGAGUAUUUUCACCAUGAAACAUUAGAAAAAUUACUAGCCUUACCUGCCGCGGCAAAUUAUACAAGUAGGGACUGUAUGACCGUCUCAGAUUUGCCUGAAUUUUUUUGGUGAAAGGGCUAUGGGUAGACAAAAAAAAAUGGAAUUUCAGGAUUUUGCUAUCUACCCAUCCAGGUCCCUAAAACAGAUUAUUUUUCUAGGGUCUCAGGAACGGUCAUUGUUUUGAGGGUCAAAAUUGGACUUCUUUAAAAAAUUGCUUUUGAAGUUGAAAUAUCUCAGUGCGCCGAUGACUUCCCAGCGUUAUUUUGACAGAUGUCAGUCUAUGAUGGAAGGAGCUGCGGAAAAUGGAAAAGUUUCCUCGGGUAGUUGAGGGCUAGCCUGUUGGAGGCGCUGCAAAACAGUGCUUUUUUCUGAAAUGACACAUGUAUUUCAGGCAAUCCAAGGCUGCACCCUCAACAUCCCAAGCUAGUUUAUGCAUGAUAUGAUUCCAUUAGCUUGCCCAAUACUACGCCACUUUAAAAUAUUGUGGGAUAAUGAACGCGCGAGAGUAUAGAAGAAAAAUAUCAUGUUGUUUGUUAUUAUUUUGGAAGAAAAAAAGC